UAAAUUAUCGGCUCCGCCCAUUAUAAUAAUGUCAUCAGUGGGCGCGCGCUGCCCGGUGUGAGUGGACGGAUGCUCGUGAAUCACCGUGAUGGCAAGCAGCUCUGAUGUGGUGAAGAAAGUAGCGCGGUACAAACUUCAACUGACCGACACUGCAGAGUCUGCUACGGUUGUAAAGAUUUUGCAGAAACUCAAGGAUCUGGAUAUUACAUUUGACAUUCUUGCUGAAACUGGAAUUGGAAAAGCAGUUAACUCUUUCCGGAGACAUAAGCAGGGUGGAGAAUUGGCCAAGUCGCUAGUUAGGGGUUGGAAAGACUUGGUCCCCAAGGAAUCUACAAGCCACACAGAAAAUGGGAUUUGCGAGAGUUUGCCUGGUAAAGACCAAAAGUGUCAAAAUAAUGGAAGUUUGACAAUAGAAGAUUCAAACAAUAAUUGCUUACCAUCUUACAGUAAGAACUCAUCAGAUGAGGCCCUCUUCAAAACAAGUAGUGAAAAAGCUGAUACAGAGAAACAAUGCAAGGUAGGGAAAAGACACAAGGACCAGGAUGAAAAUCAAGGAAAAAGUCAAGAAACCCAGGACAUUGUUCAAAAUGAGGUCUUGAAAAAGUACAUUCAAACCAAAGAGGAUCAGAUUGACGAUUAUGUUGUCUCCAAAAAGAAGAAAAGUGAUGAGAGCAAAAGAAAAUCAGGAGACACUGUAACUCUGCCUCAAAUCAAAAACUCAGAGGACACUCAUCGAAAAUCAAGGUCAGAAAAGAAAUCAAAUGAGCAACAAAAAGAAUCAUCCAAACAAGCCAAAGAAUCUUUUUCAUUUAAAUCCAUUGAAAAACAUUCAGAAACGUUCAGAAAGCUAGCUAGUUUCAAACAUGAAAGGUCUCCAGAAAUAUCUAGGAGCUCAGAGGGCCAAAACAAAAAAACAAAAAAAACAGGUAAAGAGACGCAGGGCUCUCUAAAACACAAAUAUGAACAAAUGGGACAUUCAAAAAACAAAAAAGCCAAAAUAGAGCUCAACGAUGAGAAAAAGGGCUGUGAGGAAUCAUCCUUGUCUUUUGAAUCUUUCUUGAACUAUGAUGGGAACGCUUCCAAGAGAAAACAAAGAUCUGGAGUGAAGAAACCUUCAAAGACAAUCAAGACUGUUGUAAAAGCAACACAAGAUGCUGCAAUAAAACCUAACAGGUCACCUAUGAUGUCCAUAAAUGAUACCUCGCCAACAAAGACGUUUAAGGAGUCUGUAAUGGAACUGAUUCCAUUCGCCAUUCCUUUACCCGAUUUGCUGCCUGAAUGUGAAAACCAAUUCACUGUUGAUUACUUUGAGAAGAAAGAUGAGAAGGAGCCUGAUUUAUGUGAAGUCUCUGAGGAGUCUGCAGGCUUCACCGGUCAACGCCUGAACAAAAAGAUGCAGGUGUACUCCGGUGCCAAGACCGUCUUCCUCCCGGCCAUGAUGAGCUUGCACCAGCAGUGUAUCCGCGCACUGCAGAAUAACAUUAACUUGCUUUAUGAAACUGGCGGAGUCCCGUUUGAGAUCCUCGAGCCGGUGUUGGAGAGGUGUACACCCCAGCAGCUGCUACACAUAGAAGAAUGCAACCCAAUCUACAUCGGAGAGACGGAUCACUUAUGGGGGAAACAUUGUCAGAGGGACUUUAAAAACUCCAGACUUCAGGAGUAUGAAUCCUGGAAAGAGAUGUAUGUCAGACUGUCUGAGGAAAGGGAAAGGAAACUAAAAAGACUGACAAAAAGCAUCGUCUCGGCAAAUUCUACCAAACCCAAAGGUCGGCAGGUAAAGAUGGCAUUUAUUCACACUGUUGCCAAGCCACCGAGAGAUGUGCGAAUUAAGCAGGAACUUCAUGGAACUGCUUCUCAGCCUCAGCCUCAGGUCAGGUGCAGUGUCAAGGUUCCGGACAGCAGACCGAAGCCGAGUUGUAAUGAGCCCAGCAGGUCCAGCAGCAGCAGUUCAGGGCCUAGCAAUACACAAGACCCUCGCAAAAAGACAAGAGUUGCUCCAAUGAUGGCAAAGUCUUUAAGGGCAUUUAGGAAUCAACUGGGGCGCAGAUAAAUGCUCUAAUAUGAUCUGGUAUAUUUACAGUGUGUGGAUGUGGAGGAAAAAGCGCUCUGUCAUGCAUUAACUUUGAACAAUAGAAGGCCUGUUAUCACCUUAGAUUAUUAUGUGUUGUUUGUCUAAAUGUAUAAGCAUUUUCCAUUAUUUUUUUCUCUGUGAAUUUCCUUUACUAUUAAAGGCAC